UUGUUUUUUUAUCUGUUUUGCUUUUACCUCUAGCUGAGCCAAGCGUGAUUCAGCCCCUGCCAUGAAGCUUCUGAAUGCAGCUGGGUUCUUUGCCCUGGUGCCCACAGUGGUGUUAGCACUGGAGCCCAUCACUACCUCACUUACCAUUGGAGGGGGGGCCGCUGUCAUGUGGCAGCUCCUCUCCCAGGACUCCUGGCUCAAGUGUCACUUCUGGGAGUGUUGCAAUGUGAAGGACAGUCUGGAUAUCCCAGCUUUGAAAAUGGGUCUGAAACGGGAAGUCUUUGGGCAACACCUUGCCACCCAUGUGGUUCUGAAAGCAUUGAGUGCAAAUGCCAAAGUCAAAUGGCCAGCAAAACCCCUGGUGAUGUCUUUUCAUGGCUGGACUGGCACUGGCAAAUCUUUUAUCAGCAAGAUUAUAGCGAAGAACCUGUACCCACUGGAAGAAAUCAGAAGGAGGUUUGUCCACCAGUUUGAUGCAGUUCUUCAUUUUCCACAUGCCGAACAUGUCAAUCGGUACAAGGAGCAGCUGCAGAACUGGAUUCGAGGCAAUGUCAGUGCCUGCCCAAGAUCACUCUUCAUUUUCUCUGAAAUGGACCAGAUGCCACAUGGGCUGAUUGACUCCAUCCUACCAUACCUCAGUCACCAUGGGGAGAUUGAUGGCGUCUAUUAUGGCAAGGCCAUAUUCCUCUUCCUGAACAAUGCAGGAGGGGAUAUGAUAACAGAGGUGGCUCUGGACUACUGGAGGCAGCAGAAAGGAAGAGAAGAAAUUCCCCUGAAGGACCUGCAGUCUUGGAUCUCCCAGGAGGUUUUCAAUAACAGGAAUAGUGGCUUUUGGCAGAGCAAGCUGAUCCAAAGGAACGUGGUGGACUAUUUUGUUCCAUUCCUUCCUCUGGAAUAUACACACGUUCGGGAGUGCGUCCGGGUGGAGCUGCGCUUUCAGGGCCACCAUGAAGAUGAGGACCUCAUCACAGAGAUUGCCUUAGCGAUGGCUGACUAUCCCAGCAAUGAAAGACUCUACUCCAGCAAAGGCUGCAAGACAGUGGCCUCAAAGGUGAACCUGAACAUCUAGAAGGUCUGAGUGCACACAAAUAAAGAGGAAAUGAAAGCUGGGCCCUUUCUCCUUCCCUGACUAACUUCUCAAACUGAAUUCUUUGGGGCAGGGAAAUAUUCCUUAACAUAUUGAGAGCCCCAAGUGAACUUCUUCUUGUAGAUCAAGAAGAUCCUUUUCCUACGUUAGUAGAUGCUGCUGUAUGUGAAUAAAAAUAAAGGUGAUCUAUAUUUUUAA